AUGGCUUAUGUGAAUUGCGUCUCCCUCUUGUGGCAGAUUGGUGAGGGAGAGAAGCUUGUGCGAGCCCUUUUUGGUGUGGCGAGCUGCAAGGAGCCUGCUGUCAUUUUCAUUGAUGAAAUCGAUUCUCUUUUAUCACAGCGUCAAUCAGAAGGCGAGCAUGAGUCCAGCCGUCGGCUGAAGACGCAAUUUCUCAUUGAAAUGGAGGGAUGUGGGACAGGAGAUCGACACGUUCUAGUUAUUGGAUACUCGGGAUCAGACAUGCGGCAUCUUGUCCGAGAAGCAGCCAUGAUGCCGUUGAGGGAGGCUGCUCUCUCUGGUCGGAUAGACAAGAUGGAAAAGGAUGAUAUCAGACCUGUUGGUCUUCAGCGGGAAAGCUGCACCGUGCCAUCACUACGCGCUCUGUCCUGCACGGUACAGCACUGCAGAGCAGAGAGGAAGCGCAAGGGGAAGGAGCUGGCGGACGACCAGGAACGUGAGAGGGUUGUGCGCGGGCUGGAGUGGGAUCGUGAUGAGUCGGAUGCGGACGACGAUGAGGAGGAGGCCUAUGAGGAGGAGGAGGACCAGGAGCUGGACGACGACCCUUUCCGCGAGGAGGAUGAGGAGGAGGAGGAUGUGGAGGAGAUAGGCAUGGAUCAGCCUGAGUGA